AUGAAGUUCAACGCUGGAUUCACCGCUUUCGUCGCUGCUUCGGUGGCCACUGCCCACCUCGGCUCCGCUGCUCCCAUCACGCAGUCCAACACUCAAGGCACUUCGCAGCAAGCUUCGGGCAAGGACGUCGUUCAGUCCUCUGACUCGAUCCAGGCCAACAAGCAGGGCGUCAAGAUCGCUAGCGACAACGCUUGGAAGGCUUCGCACCCCGCCAUCGUUGUCCCCGCCGCUUCGCACCCGGCUUCUUCUUCUUCUUCGGCACCCGCCCCUUCGCACUCUGCCUCUUCGCAUCCCUCGGAUGGCGGUGGCUCAACUGGUGACCUCAUCAACGUCAACGCUCUGAACGGCAACAAGGCCAACGUUCAGGCUGCCGGUACCGGUGACCAGACCAACAAGCGCUCCACUGGCGACCUUGUUCACCUCGUCGCCCUCGACGGCAACGAUGCCAACGCUCAGGUCCUUGGCACUGGUAACCAGAAGAACAAGCGUGGUUCCACUGGCGACCUCGUCGACCUCGACGCCCUCAACGGCAACAACGCCAACCUCCAGAUCCUCGGCACUGGCAACCAGAAGAACAAGGACGACGACUGCAAGGACGACAAGUCCUCCAAGCACGCUUCCACUGGCGAUCUUAUCAGCGCCAACCUGCUCAACAACAACAACGCCAACGCUCAGGUUGCCGGCACCGGUAACCAGAAGAACGCUGCCCGUGGCCUCUUCGAGUCGGCUCAGGGUAAGCAGGGUGCUUCCGCAAACGGUUACGGCGGCUCUUCGCUCCAGGGCCAGACCAACACUCCCGUCCUCUCGGGUUCGGGCAACACUCUCACCUCGGGUGGUGCUCAAGGUUCCGAGAACAACGGUCAGGGUGGUGACAUCACCCAGAACCUGCUCCAGCAGCUCCAGGGUCGUCAGCUCUUCUCGUCUGGCAAGCAGGGUGCCUCUGCCAACGGCUACGGUGGAGAGUCUGCCCAGGGUCAGUCCAACGCCCCCGUCCUCUCGGGCUCCGGCAACUCGCUCACCGCCGGUGGUGCUCAACAGGCUCAGAACGACGGCACUGGUGGACAGAUCCAGCAGGGCCUCCAGCAGCUCCAGCAGCUCGGUGGCAGUGGCGGCAGCGGCGGCGCUAGCAGCCUCUUCGGUAGGCGCCAGCUCUUCUCUCAGGGCAAGCAGGGUGCUUCCGCCGACGGUUACGGCGGAACUUCCCAGCAGGGCCAGAGCAACGCCCCCGUUCUUUCGGGUGCCGGUAACAGCUUGACCGCCGGCGGUGCUCAGAGCGCCGAGGACAACGGUACCGGUGGAUCGAUCGAGCAGUCCCUCUCUCAGCUCCAGAAGCUCGGCGGUGGCUUUGGCAAGCGCCAGCUUUUCGCCUCGGGCAAGCAGGGUGCUUCUGCUGACGGCUUCGGUGGCUCGUCCGCUCAGGGUCAGACCAACACCCCUGUCCUCUCUGGAUCGGGCAGCUCGCUCACCAGCGGCGGUGCUCAGGGUUCCGAGAACAACGGCCAGGGUGGUGACAUCACCCAGUCCCUCUCCCAGAAGCUCGGCCUCGGCAAGCGCCAGCUGUUCGCCUCUGGCAAGCAGCAGGGCAGUGCUGAUGGAUUCGGUGGCUCUUCUGCUCAGGGCCAGACCAACAAGCCCGUCCUUUCCGGAUCGGGCAGCUCGCUCACCAGCGGCGGCUCGCAGUUCGGCGAGAACAACGGUCAGGGUGGUGAGGUCCAGCAGUCGCUCGCUCAGAAGCUUGGUCUGAGCAAGCGUCAGCUUUUCGCCUCUGGCAAGCAGCAGGGCAGCGCCGAUGGAUACGGUGGCUUCUCCCAGCAGGGCCAGGACAACCGCCCUGUCGUCUCGGGCGCCGGCAACUCGGUCACCACCGGUGGCUCGCAGUUCGGUGAGAACGACGGAACUGGUGGAAGCGUCGACCAGUCUCUGCUCCAGAAGCUUGGCUUCAGCAAGCGCCAGUUCGAGGGGCUUGGACAGCAGGGCGCCUCGGCCAACGGUUACGGUGGCCAGAGCUCCCAGUACCAGUCCAACCGCCCCGUGGUCAGCGGAACCGGCAACUCUGUCACCGCUGGUGGCUCUCAGGGCGCCGAGAACAACGGUCAGGGUGGAUCGAUCGAGCAGUCGCUCUCUCAGCUCUUUGGUAAGCGCCAGUACCAGGGUCUCGGCCAGGGUAUCGGUCAGGGCAUCGACCAGACCGGCUCCGCCAACGCUCAGGGUGGCUCUGCCUACAUCUAUGGCAACAACGGACCUGCCUCGGUUGACGGCACCGCUACCGCCGGAAGCGUCAACCAGGGCGCCUCCGGAAAGCAGGACGGCGCUCAGUCUGCCACCCAGGGUCUCACCCAGGAGACCCUGAACCGGUUCCUCCAGGCUCGCCAGCUGCAGGACCUCUCGCAGGGCAUCAACCAGGGCAUCCACCAGAACGGCCAGGCCAACGCCCAGGGCGGCUCCGCCUACCUCGUCGGCGGCAACGGCCCCGCCACCGUCAAGAACGGUGCUACCGCUGGAACUGUCACUCAGAACGGCCAGGCUUCGCAGCAGGGCCAGCAGUCCGGCACGCAGUCGCUCGACCAGCAGCUGCAGAACGUCUUUGGCCGCGACAUCCAGGGUCAGGGUCAGGGUACCGCACAGAUCACCACGCAGAACGGCAACGCCGACGCCUACGGUGGCAACGUCAAGGUUGUCGGUGGUGGUGCUGGUAACUGGAACAACGGCAACGUGAAUGUGGAUGCUUCUUCGCACGCUGGUUCGGUCGACCAGACGAGCGCUCCCCAGCAGUCCUCCAACCAGGACGCCUCGCAGGUCUCGGACAAGGAGAACAUCAACUCCUUCUGGUCCCGCGAUGUCAACACCCAGAACCAGGGCAACACCCAGUCCGUCAACGCCAAGGCCGACGCUUCUGCCCACGCUUCCGCCCCCCGCGUUGCCUCCGGUUACUUCUGGACCUACCACCCCGAUUCUUACGUUGACAACACCGCUGUCGCCGGCAAGAUCAACCAAAACGUAGGCGCCAGCCAGUCCAACAACCAGCAGGCCACUCAGAACUCCAACAAGAACAUCCAGUCGCGUUCUGUUCCCUCGGCCACCUACAACUCGGCUGCGCAGUUCUCCAACGCCAACUCCCAGGGUGGUGACAGCUCCAGCUUUGAGACCAACGACAAGGUCGUCAACGGCAACGGUGUCACCUCCAACCAGGGUGGCGCUCAGACGAGCAACGGUUCGAGCUACGGUGGUUCGAUCAAGCAGCUCCUCCAGCUUUGA